UACAGGAGCAAGAGCAACCACUCAACCACAGCCAACAUGAGCAACACCGACAUGGGCAUGAGGGGGAAGAUCAUCUUCUACGAGGAGAAGAACUUCCAGGGUCGCUCCUAUGAGUGCAUGAAUGACUGCUCCGACAUGUCCUCCUACCUGAGCAGGUGUCACUCCUGCAGGGUGGACAGCGGCUGCUUCAUGGUCUACGACCGCACCAACUACAUGGGCAACCAGUACUUCAUGAGGAGGGGCGAGUACUCCGACUACAUGAGCAUGUUUGGAAUGAGGGACUGCAUCAGGUCCUGCCGUAUGAUCCCCAUGUACAGAGGAAACUACAGGAUGAGGAUCUACGAGAGGGAGAACUUCGGCGGUCAGAUGCACGAGAUGAUGGACGACUGCGACAACAUCAUGGACCGCUACCGCAUGUCCGACUGCCAGUCCUGCCACGUGAUGGACGGCCACUGGCUGAUGUACGAGCAGCCCCACUACAAAGGCAGGAUGAUGUACAUGAGGCCUGGAGAGUACAAGAGCUUCAGGGAGAUGGGCUGGAGCGGCAUGAGGUUCAUGAGCAUGAGGCGCAUCACGGACUACAGACUAUACUAUAAUAGCGUGAGAGAUGCUUUGAACUUCCAGGGUCGCUCCUAUGAGUGCAUGAGCGACUGCGCCGACAUGUCCACCUACCUGAGCAGGUGUCACUCCUGCAGGGUGGAGAGCGGCUGCUUCAUGGUCUACGAUCGCCCCAACUACAUGGGCAACCAGUACUUCAUGAGGAGGGGCGAGUACUCCGACUACAUGAACAUGAUGGGAAUGAGCGGCGGCAUCAGGUCCUGCCGUAUGAUCCCCAUGCACAGAGGACAGUUCAGGAUGAGGAUCUACGAGAGGGAGAACUUCGGUGGUCAGAUGCACGAGAUGAUGGACGACUGCGACAACAUCAUGGACCGCUACCGCAUGUCCGACUGCCAGUCCUGCAACGUGAUGGACGGCCACUGGCUGAUGUACGAGCAGCCCCAAUACAGAGGCAGGAUGAUGUACAUGAGGCCUGGCGAGUACAGGAGCUUCAGGGAGAUGGGCUGGAGCGGCAUGAGGUUCAUGAGCAUGAGGCGCAUCACUGACAUGUGCUAGAUAUUUUCUAAUUGAAAUAAAAAAAAUGAAAGAUGAAACAAACAA